UUAUGCGUACUUGUUAAGAAAGUGGUAUUGAGGGUAUGGCAAGGUUAUUUAUUAGGUUACUUUUACGUUCGUCUUUCAAAUUUUAAAAGUUUUUGUUAUUAAGGACGUUCGAAUACGAUCUUAGUAAAGUGAGUGUCAGGAAUAUUAGUCCAUCGUAUAUCAUUUUAGUAAAGAUUAUUUGAAAAAGUCCUAGAACAUGUCCUUGUCGACUCCACCAUCCUUCAUUAAUCCAUUUACACAUCGACCAUGGAUGCAUCAAAAUGGAGCUGCAGCCCCUGCUGGCGGGGGAGGCCAAGGAUUGAAAGGAAUUAUUGCCGGUGGUAUAACUGGAGGCAUAGAAAUCUGCAUAACCUUCCCUACAGAAUAUGUAAAAACACAGCUUCAACUUGACGAAAAAGGUGCCGCAAAAAAGUAUGAUGGUAUUAUAGACUGUGCUAAAAAAACUAUUAAGAGCCAUGGUUUUUUUGGUUUGUAUAGAGGUUUAAGCGUAUUGCUUUAUGGAUCAAUACCUAAAAGUGCUGUUAGAUUUGGUGCUUUCGAGACAUUUAAAGGAAUGGUCGUUCAGCCUGACGGAAGUUUGUCACCAGCCAACAGGUUGCUUUGCGGUUUGGGGGCUGGCGUGUGUGAGGCAAUUUUUGCGGUGACGCCUAUGGAAACUGUCAAAGUUAAAUUUAUUAAUGAUCAAAGAAGUGCCAAACCUAGAUUUAAAGGCUUCUUUCACGGAGUAGGGAUAAUCGUUAAGGAGCAAGGUAUUGGAGGUGUGUACAAAGGUGUAACAGCUACUAUAAUGAAGCAAGGAUCAAACCAAGCCAUUCGUUUUUUCGUUAUGGAAAGUCUAAAGGAUAUGUAUAAGGGAAAUGAUAAGUCUAGACGAGUUCCUAAAUGGUUGGUGGGAAUAUUUGGUGCUGUCGCUGGAGCGGCAUCUGUGUUUGGAAACACACCUCUCGAUGUAGUAAAAACAAGAAUGCAAGGCUUAGAAGCCGGCAAAUACAAAAAUACCUUAGAUUGUGCCGUGCAGAUUUGGAAACACGAGGGUGCGUUCGCCUUCUAUAAGGGCACCGUACCUAGGUUAGGUAGAGUGUGUCUAGAUGUCGCCAUAACAUUUAUGAUAUAUGACAGUUUUAUGGAUUUAUUUAAUAAGAUUUGGGUUUAGUAGUUGGGUUAAGUAGUGGUUCAAUUAAUAAUUUAUUCUACAAAAUGUAUUUGUAAAUAUUAGCACUUUUACGUUGAUUCAUUACGUCCUACAUUAUUAUAUGAAGAAGCUCUUUUACUUUUAAGUCCUAAACUAUGCAUAACAAUAAUGUCACAAAAUGAUUAUAAUAAAGUGGAGAAAUAUAUUUUUA